AUGUCGGGAUAUCAGCAGGGCCAUGGCCAAGGCCAAGGCCACAACAACUACGAUGACGGCUACGGCCACCAGGGCAAUACCGAUUCCUAUUACCAGGAUGACCAGCAUUACUAUGACAACAAUGCAUACAACAACAACAACAACAACCAUGGGGGGCGUGGACAGCAACAGGGCGAGGGGUACUAUGAUGAAUCUGGAUAUUAUAAUGCGGACCCCAACAAUCCUUACCACCAGGAUGGCGGGUACUAUGACAACCACGACCAGUACAACGAUGGCUACUACAACAACGAUGGCUAUUAUGACCAGGGAUACGAUCGCGACGGCUACGCGAACGGGAACGGCCAGGCCCACCGGAACCGAUCGGAAGAGGAUUCCGAGACCUUCAGCGACUUCACCAUGCGCUCCGACAUGGCUCGAGCCGCUGAGAUGGACUACUACGGUCGCGGAGACGAGCGCUACAACAGUUACAACGAAGGUCAAAUGGGCGGCAGGGGAUACCGACCUCCCUCGUCGCAGAUCUCAUACGGGGGCAACCGGUCCUCCGGCGCGUCAACGCCGAACUAUGGCAUGGACUACGGGAAUGCGCUUCCCGCUGGGCAACGCUCGCGGGAGCCGUAUCCUGCGUGGACGUCCGACGCCCAGAUUCCUCUCUCGAAAGAAGAGGUGGAGGACAUUUUCCUCGAUUUGACGGCAAAGUUCGGUUUCCAGCGCGACAGCAUGCGGAACAUGUACGACCACCUGAUGACGAUGCUCGACUCUCGGGCGUCCCGCAUGACGCCGAACCAGGCCCUUCUCUCGCUGCACGCUGACUACAUUGGUGGCGACAACGCAAACUACCGCAAGUGGUAUUUUGCUGCCCACCUGGACCUCGAUGACGCCGUCGGGUUUGCCAACUUGAAGGGCAAGGACCGAAAGAAGAGCCGUAAGAACAAGAACAAGAAGGGCGACGCUGAGACCGAGGUCGACGCUCUCGAGGAUCUUGAGGGCGACGACUCUCUCGAAGCGGCCGAGUACCGCUGGAAGACAAGGAUGAACCGCAUGUCGCAGCACGAUCGUGUCCGCCAACUUGCUCUGUACCUUCUUAUCUGGGGUGAGGCAAAUCAGGUCCGCUUCAUGCCGGAGUGUCUUUGCUUCAUCUUCAAGUGCGCCGAUGACUAUCUCAAUUCGCCUGCUUGCCAGAAUAUGGUCGAGCCGGUCGAGGAGUUCACCUUCCUGAACAACGUUAUCACCCCGCUUUACCGAUACUGCCGGGACCAGGGAUAUGAAAUCCUCGACGGAAAGUAUGUCCGCCGCGAGAGGGACCACAACCAGAUUAUCGGAUACGACGACUGCAACCAGCUGUUUUGGUAUCCCGAGGGCAUCGAGCGAAUUGUGCUCGAGGAUAAGAGCAAGCUGGUAGAUGUUCCCCCAGCCGAGCGCUAUCUGAAGCUCAAGGACGUCAACUGGAAGAAGGUGUUCUUCAAGACGUACAAGGAGACGCGCUCUUGGUUGCACUUGUUGGUCAACUUCAACCGCAUCUGGAUUAUCCACCUGACCAUGUUCUGGUUCUACACCGCAUACAACGCCCCAACGCUCAUCACUCCGAACUAUGAGCAAGAAGUCAAUAAUCAACCUCCUUCUGCGGCGAUGUGGUCGUUCGUCGGGUUCGGUGGCUCCAUUGCCUCUCUCAUCCAGAUCCUCGCUACUCUCGCAGAGUGGUUGUACGUCCCACGCAAAUGGGCCGGAGCACAGCACCUGACGAAACGCCUACUUUUCCUCAUUGGCAUCUUCGUUAUCAACGUCGCUCCUGGUGUCUACGUCUUCAUGCCGGCAUCCAGUCAGAAGGCAUACCUCGAUCGCCAGAACAACAAGGUCUCGCUGAUUCUCGGCAUCGUGCAAUUCUUUGUCGCCGUGGCCACGUACAUAUUCUUUUCCGUCAUGCCGCUUGGCGGUCUGUUUGGAAGCUACCUGACCAAGAACUCGAGGAAAUACGUCGCCAGCCAGACCUUCACAGCAAGCUACCCGCGUCUCAAAGGGAACGACAUGGCUCUGUCCUAUGCUCUCUGGCUCCUGGUCUUCGCCGCCAAGUUCGGAGCUUCCUACGGUUACCUGACCUUGUCGCUCCGGGAUCCUAUCCGCUACCUCAUGCUCAUGGAUGUCAGCAGCUGUCUUGGUGAUACCAUCGUCCAGCAGUAUCUCUGCAAGUAUCAGCCGCAAAUCACUCUGGGGAUCAUGAUGUUCACCGAUCUAAUCUUUUACUUCCUGGACACCUAUCUGUGGUACGUCCUGCUCAACACGGUCAUCUCCAUCGCUCGGUCUUUCUAUCUCGGCGCAUCGAUCUUGACGCCUUGGAGAAACAUCUUCUCCCGGCUCCCCAAGCGCAUGUAUUCCAAGAUCCUCGCCACGACAGACAUGGAGAUCAAAUAUAAGCCGAAGGUCCUCAUCUCGCAGAUCUGGAAUGCAAUCGUCAUUUCCAUGUAUCGCGAGCAUCUUCUGGCCAUCGAGCACGUCCAAAAGCUGCUGUACCACCAGGUACCGUCCGAGCAAGAGGGCAAGCGCACGCUCCGCGCUCCCACGUUCUUCGUCUCUCAGGAAGACCACUCCUUCAAGACCGAGUUCUUCCCCAGUCAUAGCGAGGCUGAGCGGAGAAUCUCGUUCUUCGCGCAGUCGCUUGCGACGCCCAUCCCUGAGCCGCUGCCCGUCGAUAACAUGCCUACCUUCACUGUGAUGAUUCCCCACUACAGUGAGAAAAUUCUCCUCUCGCUUCGGGAGAUCAUCCGCGAGGACGAGCCCUACUCGCGAGUCACCCUUCUCGAGUAUCUCAAGCAGCUCCACCCCCAUGAGUGGGAUUGCUUCGUCAAGGACACUAAGAUCUUGGCCGAUGAGACCUCCCAGAUGAACGGCGAAAUGGGCAAGGACGAGAAGGACACAGCCAAGAGCAAGAUUGAUGACCUGCCCUUCUACUGCAUCGGUUUCAAGUCCUCGGCGCCCGAGUACACUCUUCGGACACGGAUUUGGGCUUCGCUCCGCUUCCAGACGUUGUACCGCACCAUAUCCGGUUUCAUGAACUACAGUCGCGCGAUCAAGCUCCUGUACCGUGUGGAAAACCCAGAGGUCGUCCAGAUGUUCGGUGGCAACUCUGACAAGCUUGAACGCGAGCUAGAGCGCAUGGCCCGUCGCAAAUUCAAGCUGAUGGUCUCCAUGCAGCGCUUUGCGAAGUUCAAGAAGGAGGAAAUGGAGAACGCCGAGUUCCUGCUCCGCGCCUACCCGGAUCUUCAGAUCGCGUACCUGGAUGAGGAGCCGCCUGUUGCUGAAGGAGAGGAACCGCGCCUCUACUCUGCUCUGAUUGACGGUCAUUCCGAGAUCAUGGAGAACGGCAUGCGCCGGCCCAAGUUCCGCAUCCAGCUCUCGGGCAACCCGAUUCUCGGAGACGGCAAAUCCGACAAUCAGAACCACGCGAUCAUCUUCUACCGGGGCGAGUACAUCCAGCUUAUCGACGCGAACCAAGACAACUAUCUCGAGGAAUGCCUCAAGAUCCGCAGCGUGCUUGCCGAGUUCGAAGAGAUGAAGACCGACAACGUGUCUCCCUACACACCUGGAGUCAAGAAUCCUACUCGUGCACCGGUCGCCAUCUUGGGUGCUCGCGAAUACAUCUUCUCGGAGAAUAUUGGUAUCCUCGGUGAUAUCGCCGCCGGCAAGGAACAGACCUUCGGUACGCUCUUCGCACGGACGCUCGCCCAAAUCGGCGGCAAGCUCCACUACGGUCACCCCGACUUCCUCAAUGGCAUCUUCAUGACCACGCGUGGUGGUGUCUCCAAGGCGCAGAAAGGUCUCCAUCUAAACGAAGAUAUCUACGCCGGUAUGAACGCGUUGCUGCGUGGCGGCCGCAUCAAGCACUGCGAAUACUACCAGUGCGGCAAGGGUCGUGAUUUGGGGUUCGGCUCCAUUCUCAACUUCACGACCAAGAUCGGAACGGGUAUGGGUGAGCAGAUGCUUUCCAGAGAAUAUUACUACCUCGGGACUCAGCUGCCCCUCGAUCGCUUCCUCUCGUUCUACUACGCCCAUCCUGGUUUCCACGUCAACAACAUGUUCAUCAUGUUGUCACUACAGCUGUUCAUGAUCUGCCUUCUUCAAAUCGGCACUUUGCGCCACGAGACCAUCCCCUGCGAGUACGACCCGGACAAGCCCAUCACGGACGAACUUUUCCCCACGGGCUGCGCGAACACCGAUGCUCUCGUGGAUUGGGUCUACCGCAGUGUCCUGUCCAUCUUCUUCGCCCUCUUCCUCUCGUUCGUUCCCCUGAUAGUCCAAGAAGCGACGGAACGAGGUCUGCUGCGUGCCGCGACACGUUUCGCCAAGCAUAUCUGCUCCCUCUCGCCUUUCUUCGAGGUGUUCGUCUGCCAGAUCUACGCCAACUCGGUCCAGCAGGAUAUCACCUUUGGAGGCGCCAGAUACAUCGGUACCGGACGUGGCUUCGCUACCGCUCGCAUUCCCUUCGGCGUUCUCUACUCGCGCUUCGCCGGCCCGUCAAUCUAUUUCGGCGCUCGGAUGCUGAUGAUGCUGCUGUUUGCAACGCUGACCGUCUGGCAAGCCGCCCUGGUCUACUUCUGGGUCUCGUUGCUGGCCCUGGUGAUCUCGCCGUUCCUCUACAACCCCCACCAGUUCGCCUGGAGCGAUUUCUUCAUUGACUAUCGCGACUACCUCCGCUGGCUCUCGCGUGGCAACUCGCGGUCGCAUGCGUCGUCAUGGAUCGCCUUCUGCCGCCUUUCUCGAACUAGAAUCACGGGUUACAAGCGCAAGACUCUGGGCGAUCCUUCGGCCAAGAUGUCGGCCGAUGUUCCGCGCGCCGCCAUUACCAAUGUGUUCUGGGCUGAGAUCAUCUCCCCUCUUUGCCUUGUCGCGGUGACGCUUAUCCCUUACCUCUUCAUCAACGCCCAGACAGGUGUCAAAGCCCUGCAUGACGAUGCGACGAAUGCAGGCAAGAACGACGAUGCGACGCAAACGGCCUCCCUGCUUCGAGUUGCCAUCGUCGCCUUUGCACCCAUUGGUAUCAACGCCGGUAUUCUCGCCAUGAUGUUUGCGAUGGCCUGCUGCAUGGGACCUCUUCUGAGCAUGUGCUGCAAGAAGUUUGGCGCGGUUCUCGCCGGCAUCGCGCACGCCGUGGCCGUCAUUGCGCUCCUGAUCUUCUUCGAAGUCAUGUUCAUUCUGGAAGGGUUCAACUUCACCAAGACCGUCUUGGGCAUGAUUACCGUUGUGGCCAUCCAGCGCUUCAUCUUCAAGUUGAUCAUUACGCUGGCGCUCACCAGAGAAUUCAAGGGGGACCAGGCCAACAUCGCCUUCUGGACGGGCAAGUGGUACUCAAUGGGUUGGCACUCGAUGUCGCAGCCAGCCCGUGAGUUCCUGUGCAAGAUCACCGAGCUCAGCAUGUUUGCCGCCGAUUUCGUUCUCGGCCACAUAAUCCUGUUCAUCAUGUUCCCCGUCAUCCUCAUUCCGCAGGUUGACAAGCUGCACUCGCUGAUGCUCUUCUGGCUUCGUCCCAGCCGGCAAAUUCGGCCACCAAUUUACUCCAUGAAGCAGACGAAGCUUCGGAGGAGACGUGUACUCCGUUACUCAAUCCUCUACUUUGUCCUGCUCGUCGUCUUUGUCGCUCUCAUGGUUGGGCCGGCCGUCGCCGGGAAGUAUGUCCCAAAGAGUCUCUUUGACAAGUUGAAGAGCACCAACCUGGUCCAGCCGAACGGCCUGGAUCACAAUGACACUCGUGGGCGCACCCAGACCGGUACCGGCUCUCCGGAUUACUCAGGCGUAUGGACGCCAUCGACGACGGCUGUUGCUGCUACGGCCGCGGCCGCAGACAGGAGGAUGAUGCUUGUUUAA